AUGGCCAAUAACGUCCCCACGGAGCCGACACCAGGGUCCAAGGCUGACAUCGCUGAAGUCCCUGGCAUAUCUCACACUGAGAGCAGUGAACAACACUCCAAAUGGAAAACUGCCAAGACCGCCGAUGGCGAUACAGCCAUGGCACUGUUUGAAGAUCCUGACGAGCUCCAUGAAGAGAUCGAUCCUGUGGAAGCUAGAAAGUUGUUGUGGAAAAUCGACUUUAUGAUUCUCCCUUACCUUGCCGUCUGUUAUGCGUUUUUUUACAUCGAUAAGACGACAUUGAGCUAUGCGGCUAUUUUUGGUAUUCGUGAUGACUUGCAUUUGCAUGGUACUCAGUAUAACUGGCUGAGCAGUAUCUUCUAUUUUGGAUUCCUGGCAUGGGCAUUCCCAACUAAUUUUUUGAUGCAACGGCUUCCAAUCGGCAAAUACUUGGGCGCCAAUAUCUUUUUGUGGGGCGUCUUCCUUAUGAUCCAAGCAGCGUGCAACAGCUUCGAGACCCUUGCUGCCCUCCGAGCUCUCGGCGGAGCCGCUGAAGCUUGCUCAGACCCGGCUUUCAUGCUGAUAACCAGCAUGUGGUACACUCGACGCGAACAACCGGUUCGUAUCGGCUUAUGGUAUACUGCCAACGGGCUUGGGAUUGCCCUCGGUGGCCUCAUGGGAUAUGGAAUUGGUCAUAUUCGAGGAGCCCUGCCUUCCUGGAAAUACGAAUUCAUCGUAAUCGGAGCUCUUUGCGCCUCUUGGGGAAUCAUCAUGUUCAUCUUCCUCCCCGAUUCGCCCGUGAAUGCCCCUGGUCUGACGAAAAGGGAGCGCCGGAUCGCCGUUGAUCGCAUCAGAGAGAAUCAGACCGGUGUGGAAAACAAACACCUAAAGCCAUAUCAAAUUAUCGAGGCCUUCACGGACUACAAACUCUACAUGUUCUUUAUCUUGGGUUGUGUCUGCAACAUUCCAAAUGGAGGCAUUUCAAAUUUUGGAACCAUCAUUAUCAAGGGCUUUGGCUUCUCUACUCUGGUCACAACGCUUAUGCAGAUCCCUUAUGGUAUUUUGAUUGCACUCUCGAUUCUCACAUGUGUCUACCUCAACGAUCGAUUUGAAAAUCGACGAUGCGUAUUCGUCUUGAUCUUCCUGAUCCCAAAUCUUAUCGGUGCCUUUGGUCUUCGCUUCGUUCCCACGCAUCACAGUGUGGGUCGACUGAUCUGCUAUUACCUUACUGGGCCUUACAAUGCUGCUUUCGUCCUAAUUCUCAGCAUGCAGAUCGCAAACACGGCCGGGCACACAAAGAAGGUCGUUACCAACGCCGUUCUAUUCCUGGGCUAUUGCACCGGUAAUAUUGCCGGUCCGUUCUUCUACAAGACUGACCAAGCACCCACAUACCCACUUGGUAUCUGGUCGAUGAUUGUCUCGCAUCUUAUCGAAGCGGUGCUCAUAACCACCCUCGGCUUCCUUCUGCGGCGGGAGAAUAAGAAACGGGACCUGAUCCAGUCGCAGAUGCCAGGUGGUCUGGAGGGUCGUGAUCUAGACUCGACUGCAUUCUUGGAUUUGACUGACCGUGAGAACCUGAAUUUCCGAUACAUCUAUUGA